GUCUGUUUGAAGUUUCCACCUAAGUUAGGAUUUUUUUUUUAAAAAAAAAAAAGCAGAUCGCAUGGUGGAGGUGCGAUCUGCAACCAAACCGCAUGGUGGGGGUGCGGUUUGCAACCUAAACCGCACUGGUAGGGAGCGGUUUUUGGGAAAAGGUGUUAUUUUUGAAAUUUUUCGGACUUAGGUGCUAUUUUUGGAAUUUUUUUUAAACAGUGCUAUUUCUGGAAAAAAAUCCCGGAAUUCACAUGAAGUUGUUUGAUAUUCUAACAUUUUAUCACUAAUUUGCACCGCGAGUCCGCGAAAUCGUAAAUUUAAACAAUGUUUUCAUAAUGUACCUGCAAAUUUAUACAAAAAAAAAAGUCACGAGCAACUUAAAAUUUCAACGGAUUAUCAGGAAAGCUUUCAAGUUUUCAACGGUUGCUAUGAAAAAGCAGGGUAAUUGCAAAGGUGAAUCCCCCAAACGACAAUCAUGCCUUCUGUUAUGGAGCAAAAGCGAGAAACCAAAACCCCACACCCUCUUCUUAUUUAAACCGCGCACACACAACACCAACGACCUUCAAACCACGCGCACCGAAUUCCCCCCACAACAUAAUCAUGACCCUCACCACCACCACACUCCCCCUCCUCCUCCCCCUCCUCCUCGCCGCCGCCGCCUCCGCCGCCGGCGACUACCACCGCAACUCCACCACCACGGACUACAUCCGCUCCAGCUGCAACGCCACGCUGUACCCUGACCUCUGCUACACCUCCCUCUCCCGCUACUCCGCCGCCGUCCAGCAGAGCCCCCGCCGCCUCGCCCGCGUCGCCAUCGGCGUCGCCCUCUCCAAAGUCCGCCGGACCGCCUCCUUCCUCGCCAACAACGCCUCCGCCCUCGCCGACUACGGCUCCGACCGCCGCGCCGCCGCCGCCCUCCACGACUGCCGCUCCAACCUCGGCGACGCCGCCGAGGAGAUCCGCGGCUCCCUGAAGCAGAUGCGGCAGCUGGGCGCCGCCGGCGCGACGGAGGAGGCGUUCCGGUUCCAGAUGAGCAACGUGCAGACGUGGAUGAGCGCCGCGCUGACGGACGAGGAGACGUGCACGGACGGCUUCCAGGACGUGGCCGACGGGGAGGUCAAGGCGGCGGUGUACGCGCGUGCGGCGGAGGCGAAGAAGUACACCAGCAAUGCGCUUGCGUUGGUGAACACUUACGCCGCCGCCGGAACUCCAUAGCUUCUUUCUCGCAACUUAGUAUGUAUAAUAAUGUCUCUAUUAACGUAGUCUUUCUUCUUUUUUUUUUCAAAUUAUUUCAAUAUAACCCAUGAUAUGAACCACAUAUGUUGAUGAACGAUUAUUGAAAAGCGGCGAGUGUUAUUGCGUACAUCGAUGAUGUAUUUCCAAACCUCAUUAACACAUCAUGUCAAUCUUAGUACAAGUUCGCGGCUCAAAAUGAGCUCGAUCUGAAAUCAUUCUCGCUAAAAAAUAUGUACACACGACAAUUUAAAUGAUAAAAAGAACACUAGAAACUAAAAAUAGCAGCUAACUUCCAUUCACAUUUGUAUUAACAAGAUAAUAUUCAUGUUGAGAAGGGAGUAAUUAAUCAUUCUACAAGUUCUAAAACAAUCCAGCUCGUGAGGUUAGCUCAACAAGCCAACGAGUCAAGCUAGCUCAUGAGCUUAUCUAGCUGAGCAUGAUAUAGCUUUAGUUUGACUCGUUUUCUAACGAAUCGACUUGCUAACUAACGUACCUAGUGUCGAACAAUUUUUUUUCCAAUUCGAACGUCGAGUUGCUCGCUAACGGGUUGGCUAAUUUGCUGCACUAGCUUGGGACACCACUACGAGGAUCGGGUUCAUGGUGGAGGAGUUAUUUGAGUGAUUGGUGAAGGUUUCUAUCAAAUGAGGUCAUGGGAUUAUGCAAAUGGACUUUGCGGACUCCGCGGCGUUGAUCAAAAAGGCUGGGGAGUUUUGGUGGGUUUGGUCGCUUCCAACUUUGCCGAGUAAUAAUUAGACAGGCAGGAGGGACCUAAGAAUAUAUGGGAACCAUUAAACCAACGCAAUCGAGUCAAGUCAAUCACGCCUUCAAAGCAUUAAGCAUGUACAUUCACAGAGACAUGGCUUUAUCUGUUUUGUAGCACUUGGCUAGGGAAGCUGAUUCCCUGAGAGUCUUCACAGAGGAUAGCAACUAAGUUGGCCGGAGAUCAUCUAGUUCGUACGUACCGAAUGGAUAGACGAGAUUGUGCUUCGAGAGCCAGUAUGCGACUCUAUUCUCUUCUCUAUACGGUACGAGCAAGCUGAACCACCCAGCCUUGCGCCAAAAAACGCGGAGAAUGUUGUCAAGAAUCAUUGAGUACGGAUGAGCAUGAUCUGACCUCUGAUUAAUCAAGUCUAUGGCUAGAUGUGAGUCGGAUUCAAGGAUGAAGAAUUGGGCCCCCCUUUCUCCACGCCAGAUGAAGCCCCUACAGGAUUCCCCAUAACUCUGCCAGCAAGGGUGAUGCAAAUAAAUUAUAGAUAAAAAAUAUUGAUCAGA